AUGGAUCCCUGCUCGUGUGAAGAAUCGCUAUGGACGAGCCGUUACGACGUGCUAACGGAAGAGGAUGAUUUGUGGAAAAGACACGCUAACCAGAUGCGUGGAGAAAAACAUCGGAGAGUUAGCUGCGAGAGGACUGAAGCUUCCGAGACGCCGUUCAACCAGGAAGACCGACGGUACCAUGGUAUGGCAAGGACGAUCGCCGACAUCAACGACAAUGUCAAGGAUCGAACACCAACUAUCAUGCCGCCGACAACGACUAGACCAGCUCGACAACGCCGACCGCCUCGUCGAUUGCAACCUGAUCCGAAGAUGAAGACGUACGCGAUGCAUUCAUCUUAG